UGGACAUGAAAAAUGUCGUACGGCGGGACGUACGUUGUUUCCGGAGAGGAUAUCCGGAGGCGGUCAGCGGGCAUUUGUCACCAUCGUUGUGGUCGUCGCCGCCGCGGACUAUAGAAUAUAUAGUCGUAUUAGGCGCAAGCCUUUGAACUCGUAUCUGCGCAGCCAACCACGCUGAACCCGGACGAUGGGCAACCUGCAGAGUUCGACGCCGUCGUCACGUGGCGGCACGAAAAGCCGGAACAAAAGGCCACCGACCACCGGCACCCGCGAUUGGCUGUUGGGGGGCGCGACGAGGGUGCUACGGAAACCAGUUGCACCGGCGCCGGCGGCGGCAGAGGCGGAGGCGGCGGCGGCAACGGCGGAUCACGUGACCGUGACCAGUCGUGACCUCCGCCGGCAGCGGACUCCCCCGGCCCGCGACGACGAUACCGAUCAUCAUGCAGAUGAGCAGCAACAACAACACCGGCAGGAGCACCACUGCAGCAACCGCCGCCGCCGCCGCCACCGCGACGACCGUGACGACGAGUCCGCCCGCAGUUCCUCGGAAGAGGAGGACUCCUCAGUAUUCGCCGACACGCUGACCAGCCCGCAGAGCGUGUACUCGGACGCCAGAGACGAACCGGACGACAUCAUGGUGGUGAACGGCGGCGAAACGUUCGGCGGCAGUACCGGGCGCACGGCCGCCGCCGCCGCCCACCAGGCUUUCACGAUCGUCAAGCACCGAAAAGUCGAACUGAGCCCGGCCAAAUUACAAUCGGCAAUCGCCAAUGGUCAGGCGGUGGACCCGGCGGUCAGACGCAGUAACACCUCUCAACUGAGUGACGGUCCCAAGGACGGGAGCGUUCUCAGGAGGGUCGCCAAGGUCACGCUGGACCAGGCCACCAAAGACCAAAAGCCAGUGAGACCGAAACACGUACCGGAAAAGUUGGACUUCAGGAACCGUGAAAAGUUCGAAGGCCAAGUGCUGGUCAACUGGCUUGUUUCGUCGUUCAGCACGGAGGAACGCCGAAGGGAUGCCCGGCUGCUGUUGCCUCAAAUCUGCACGGAUCUGGUGACUGCAGGUGUCAUCAAACAGAUAAGAGACAAAGAUGCUACGAUAGCCGGCGACCUGUUUAGAUUGGACCACAUGUACUACUGGGCUCGUUCUGAACUGAUUAACUCCCCAUCGUCGUCUCCGGGACGUAUUGGACAACCGACAUGGUUAACUGACAAAAGUUUAGGUGGUAUUGAAAACGGUAAAGAUGGACCAACGUCUCAAGCGUAUUCGAAUUCAGAAGAACUACAAGAAAUACAAAACAAAACGGUUUCAAAACAGUCACCGUUUAAAAACGGCAUAGGAGCAACACACAAGGAAAACAUGCCAGAUUUGGAAAAUAUAUCUGAUUAUCCUCAAACUAAAAGUCCUAAACCAACUAGUUUGCCAAUAAGACGCAAGAAGUCAUUAUCUUCGUUAACUGAUAAAUUUUCGACUCUAUCAAUAGACCAGUCAAAUAUUCCUGUUAAACAAAUAAAUGGAAAUACACCUGAUGAAACGUUCAUAAAAAAAGUGAAUGGUAUCCAAUCACCGACCAAAAGGACAUCAAUUUCAUCAACGCCUAAACUAAAUUCCAAAGAUACUCCAUCUUCACUACCUAGUUCUAAUAGUGGCGAUUCCACAGUGUUUUAUACUCCAGUCGGCGUGAACGAUCCAACGUACAACGGUUUGUCCCCAAUAACAACACCAAAAAGUUCCUCUCUUAAUAAGAUCGUUUUUGGUGGCUUAACACCACUUUUUGAUCCAAGUGAUAAUAGUACGAUUGAUAGUAGUACGAUUAUUCAAAGUGCUGAUUCCCUAUUAAGUUCACCCGAAGUCGCCAUAGAAGCUAUUAAAUGUGAUUUUUCGGAGAAUUCAUUGAUUUUUAAAAAAGAAACUGAGGCAAUACCGGAGAAACAAAUACCGCCAGAUUCCACUUUAUCAUCACCCAUCGUUAACGACUGUCAACUUGCUUCAAUAACAGAUUCUUCAUCUCUUUCAGAAAGUACUGUUCUCCCUGUAACAUUCCAUCCUAUUCCAGAAAUCAGUAUUUCGCUUCCUAUUCCUUCUCCGCCACAACUCACUGGAAGUAUAAUUCCUCCUCCACCACCACCACCACCACCUCCUCCUCCUCCUCUUCCUCAAACAGAAUUUACUGGAAAUAUAAUCCCACCUCCACCUCCUCUACCACAACUUUCUGCAAUUAUUAUACCACCACCACCUCCAUUACCACAAUCCCCUAGAAGUACUUUUCCACCGCCGCCGCCACCACCACCUCUUCAUCAAAUUUCUGCAAAUUAUACAUCUCCUCAGCAUCCACCUAUACUAUAUAACACGCCAAAUAGUAUUCCACCACCACCACCACCACAAUUAUUAAACAAAUCAGUUUCUGGAUUCAAUGGUCCUCCGCCACCACCGCCACCGAUGACUGGUCCAACGCCAUUUCCUGCGCCACCUAUUGGUGGUUGGAACGCUCAACGUGAUCUAUUACGUAAAAAGCCAAUAACUCCACCGGUACCUAUGAGGCCUUUAUAUUGGACAAGAGUUAUUUUGAAAGAUCCUAUUAUAGAAACAUACACACCAACUACUCCGGAUUCACCAGAUUGUUUAAAACCACUGUGGAGUGAUUUAGAAGAAGCCCCAAUACCGAAUAUAAACGAAUUUUCGCAGCUUUUCUCACGACAAGCAGUAGAACCAAAAUUAGCAAAAAAAAAGGUUCAACUAAAAAAAAAGAUAGAGGAAUUUAAACAGUUGUUGGACACUAAGAGAUCGCGAAACGUAGGCAUAUUAGCCCAAAGUUUACAUUUGGAUUUUUCUGAAAUCGAAAAUGCUCUUUAUAAUUUCGAUACGUCUGUAGUAAGCGUUGAAGUUCUUCAACAAAUUUAUGAAGUGUCAGCGACAGAAGAAGAAUUGGGAUUGAUUAAAGGUCAUGUGGCAUCUCGUCCAGAUCAGCCACUCGACAAACCAGAACAGUUCCUGUUAGAGCUUAGUGAAAUACCACAUUUUGGUGAGCGCGUUGCGUGUUUAAUAUUCCAAUCUGAUUUCAAUGACGCCUUAAACAACAUAGCAAGCAAAUUGAAUAACAUGAAAGUAACCUCUGGGUUCCUAAUGACUUCCGAGAAUUUAAAAAAAGUUUUGGCCAUCAUAUUAGCAUUGGGGAAUUACAUGAAUGGAGGUAAUCGACAACGUGGUCAAGCAGACGGAUUCGGUUUGGAAAUCUUACCUAAACUUCGAGAUGUUAAAAGCAAAGAUAACUCAAUGACUCUGUUACAUUUUAUUGUACGAACAUACAUUAAUGAAUGUAAAGAACCAAUGAAAGAAACAUUACCUGUGCCAGAACCCAGUGAUGUAGAUCGAGCAGCACACGUAACUUUUGAUGACUUACAACAAGGUCUUAAAGAAUUAAAAAUUAAACUGGCUGGUUGCAAGAAAAAAGCUGACAAAGUAAUAUUAUCAUCAGCUUAUGAUAGCUUGGAACCAUUCAAAACAAAAAUGGAAUCAUUUAUUUCUAUGGCGCUCAGACAACUAGAAAAUGAACAUGAGAAUUUGGAAGAAAGUAAAAAACUGUUUAUUAAGCUAAUGCGAUUUUAUCAGUUUCAACCAAAAAUCAGUAAAAGUCUCCUAGAUGUGGCACCAAAAGAUUUUUUCCCAUUGUGGUUACCAUUCUGUACAGACUUCAAAGAUUUUUGGAAUAUGGAACAACAACGAAUCGUAAAAGAAAAGCUCUUAGAAAGUAAAAGAAGAACGAAAGAAAGACAACAACUAGUUAGGACAAACAAAAAAUCACUAGAAGGACUGGUAAUAAACAUUGUUUAAAAAAUCAAAUUCAAUCAAAAUUUAAAUGAUUUUCUAAAUGUCAAUUUCAAAAACGAAAAACAAUUUUUUAAUCAAAUUCAAGACUGAAUGAACAUAUGUUGUUAAUUAUCUACUACUCUUCAUAGUUCAAUGCAUGUUAAGAUGAAAAUAUUGUGAAAAUAUGUACGCACGAUCGCUUGAAAGCAUGCGCUAUGUUUUUUUUUCCACAUGUCUAAAAAUGUUAAUUAUAAGUCUAUUGUUAUAAGUUGAGAGUAUAAAUUUUAUUCAUACUAACCACUAAAAGAUUAUAUUCACAUAUAUAUUUUAAUUUUAAUCUUUAAAAACAUUAUUUUUUUAACUGUUGGAUUUAUUGUAAAGACUGACUAGAAAUGUUAAGUAAAAUCUAUAUACUAGACAUUAGUUGGAUAUAUAAAAUAUAUUAAUUAUUAUAUUA